GCCCCGGCCAUAGCAAUCGAUCCGUGAGCGGCAAGAUGGCGACGGCGCCCAGCUAGCCCGAAGCAGCGGCACGGCGAGCGCCGCCCACCUCGAUAGCAGGCCCGAGAGAGGGCGGGGAGAACCGAGUCGGGCCGAGCCGGGACAGCCAGCACCACACGGGCCGCGGUGGGAGCAGGGAUGGAUUUUCCUCAGCACAGUCGCCAGGUUCUGGAGCAGCUGAACCAACAGAGGCACCUGGGGCUGCUGUGUGACUGCACCUUUGUCGUGGACGGCAUUGACUUCAAGGCUCACAAGGCGGUGCUGGCAGCGUGUAGCGAGUAUUUCAGAACCUUGUUCCUGGAUCAGAAGGAUGUGGUUCACUUGGACAUCAGCAACGCGGCCGGUCUCGGCCAGAUGUUGGAGUUCAUGUACACGGCCAAGCUCAAGCUGACGGCGGCGAAUGUCUUUGACGUGCAGGCAGUGGCGGGCUUCCUUCAGAUGCACAAUAUCGUGAGCACGUGCGCAACCUUCAUCGAGGGCAAGUCCUGCAGCGCGCCCGCGGCUGUCCCCAAGGUGGAGCCACCACCUCCUCCUCCUCCUCCUGCUCCUCCACCACCUGCUCCUGCUCAAGAGACGGAGACGCGGAGCCGCGAUGAGAAGCAGGAGAGAGACGUGGCGGCUGAUUCUCCGGUGAAGGAGCAGAAGGACCCAGAGGUUGAGGUGCGGGUGGAGCGGGGAGUGGAGUCAGAAGAUGAGGACACGGCCGCGGAGUUCGAAGACGACGAGGAUGAAGAUUACAAGCCCGGUGACGCGGUGAAAGAUGCCGUGACAAAGGUGUACGGUAAACGGCGCCAUAUUUCCACCAGGAGAAGCACUUCAAGUGAAAGCAAAGACUGUGGUUCUGGCGAGGAUCCCAAGGAAGAGCCGGCGGACGACAAGGUGAAGGAGACGGACGCGGAGGAGCUGGACAACACUGACGCGGAGUUACCGGAGAACGGGGAAGAUUUGCCGCGCAGCCACGGGGACAGCCACGCGCACUCGGACUACAGCGACAGGAUGGACGGUGCCUCCGAGUCGGACACAACGCUGGACGAUCCGGACAGCGCCAACGACACCAGGCGCCACCGCUUUGGGCCCUACAUUGACCGCACAGAGUCACGGCCUUACGGGUCCAUAACACACAAGUGCAAGGACUGCGGGAAGGAGUUCACCCACACGGGCAACUACAAGCGGCACGUGCGGAUCCACACCGGCGAGAAGCCCUUCUCCUGCGGGGAAUGCAGCAAGGCCUUCUCCGACCCAGCCGCCUGCAAGGCCCACGAGAAAACACACAGCCCAGUCAAGCCGCACUCGUGUGAGGAGUGCGGCAAGAGUUACCGGCUGAUCAGUUUGCUGAACCUGCACAAGAAGCGCCACACGGGCGAGGCCAAGUACACGUGCGACGACUGCCGCAAGACCUUCACCACCUCCGGCAACCUGAAACGCCACCAGCUGGUGCACAGUGGCGAGAAGCCGUACCAGUGUGACUACUGCGAUAGGUCCUUCUCCGACCCCACCGCCAAGAUGCGGCACCUGGAGAUGCACGACGCUGACAAGGUGCACAAGUGUCCGCACUGUGAGAAACGCUUCAACCAGCUGGGGAACCUGAAGGCCCACCUGAAGAUUCACAUCGUGGACGGGCCGCUCAAGUGCAGGGAAUGCGGCAAGCAGUUCACCACGUCAGGCAACCUGAAGAGGCACCUACGCAUCCACAGCGGGGAGAAGCCCUACGUCUGCCCACACUGCCAGCGAGCCUUCUCCGACCCCGGGGCACUGCAGCGCCACGUACGCAUUCACACAGGUGAGAAGCCGUGCAUCUGCAUCAUCUGCGGCAAGAGCUUCACGCAGGCCAGCUCGCUGAUCGCCCACAUCCGACAACACACCGGGGAGAAGCCCUACGUCUGUGACCGCUGCGGCAAGAGAUUCACACAGUCCAGCCAACUGGCCAACCACAUCCGGCAUCACGACAACAUCCGGCCACACCAGUGUCACAUCUGCAACAAGGCGUUCGUCAACGCCGGAGACCUGGCCAAGCACGUCAUCAUCCACACAGGUGAGAAGCCGUACCUGUGUGACACGUGUGGGCGAGGCUUCAACCGCGUGGACAACCUGCGCUCGCACGUGAAGACCGUGCACCAGGGGAAGACCGGCCUGAAGAAGCUCAAGAGUAAAGACGAGGAUGAAGACGAGGAAGACAGUAGCGUCGUCACGGUUACCACGGACACCAUGGUCACCCUGGCGACCGAGGCGCUGGCAGCUGCGGCCGUGACCCAGCUGACCGUGGUUCCGGUGGCAGCAGCGGUCACCGCAGACCAGACCGAGGUCCUGAAAGCGGAGAUCACCAAAGCGGUGGAGCAGGUUCAGGAAGCAGAUCCCAACGCCCACAUCCUGUACGCUUGUGACUCUUGCGGGGAGAAGUUCCUCGACGCCAACAGCCUGGCGCAACACGUGCGCAUCCACACGGCGCAGGCACUGGUCAUGUUCCAGGCGGACACAGACUUUUACCAGCAGUACAGUAACGGCAGCUGGCAAGCCGAGCACGUCAUCCAGCCGGCAGCAGAGCUGGUGUUCCGGGGCCACGAUGGCGCGGAGCUUCCCACCGCCGUGGUGGAACAGACUCAGGUGCUGAGAUGCCACAACCCCUUGCCGUGAGAGCAGGCGGGCACGGUCUGCAAGGUACACUCGAGUCCCCACCCUGCCCACAGACACCACUGCACAACAUGCUGGUCGAAGAGAAGGCAGCUGCCAGCCCCUGACAACAUAGACACACACACACAGACCCACACACA